AUGACGAAGCUCGAGCCUAUACAACGGCAGUCAUCGGAGUCCGUUGCUGACGUGCUGUUAUCAAGAGAAAGAGAUACUUCUUGGGGUACGGCUUAUGUGCCAGAAUCAAUAGGCACGACGCGCCAAAUAGACCCCAGUAUCACUAAAAGAAACUCUAACGCAGAAGAUGUUAGUGAGGCAGUUGAAUCUUCUAAUGUUGAAAAUGGUAGACCAACACGCCGGCGUUACAGAUCUUUACGAUCUGGUCUUUGGGACUCCGAAGACGGUAAAUCUGCAUCUGAUCGUCCUAGAUCUCAUGAAGAAUUUUCUUCUCGUUAUUCUACGCAAGAGGACGAAGAUGCGGGUAAAAAGAAGAGUCGGCAUGAUGACAUAAGGGAGAGAAUAAGAAGAUACAAAGAAAAGAAUGAAAAAGAAAAAACAAUGUUUCGGCAAGCCUCUGAAGAAACCAGUGAUUAUUCGUUGCGCAGAUCCAGACCAGCAAGUGAUGGUAGUUCUAUCAAUCGACUCUCACGAAUAUUUGAGAAAAGAUCAGUAUCUUACGCGGGGAAGGUUUUCUCCGCUGAAGAUCAAAUUGAUAGAAAAGAGGAAAUAGGGAGCGACGAUGUUAAUCCCAGGGAUUCAUUGCCCUGCGAAAUAUCAGAUGACGAAAAGAUACCUAAUGAUACGACUAUGCAUAUUUCGGAGAAUGACCGUCGUGAUACAAGCAGUUUUGAUCGGCACAGAAUUAUUGUACAUAUGGAUUGUGUGGAAGAAGCGGAAAUUUCAAAAUCAAAAGCUCAACAAAAGUCAUCUUAUACCGAAUCAAUUGCUGAUAAGUUGGCAGUAAUUGAUGUAGCUGAAAAGAAAAUAUCCAACGAUGACUUACAAUUAAAAAGCGGGGUGAGUGAAGUCAUGGAACAGUCCGACCUUUCUAACAAACAUCAUUAUAUUGAAGAUACAUCUGGUAUUAUUGAAGAAAAUAUAACCGUUGUGGAUGCAUUUUCUGUGCUUGCUGAGAAAGAAUUGGAAGAUGCUGAACCUGAAACUGCACAGAAAGCAUCUCCACGACUGCACAUGAACACCGACGAUGACAACAACAAUACAGUAACAAGUCUGAAAAGCUUAGGAAAUGAACUUAAAAACAGGAAAGAUAAAUUGAAAUCUAAAAGAGUCAGUGCAACUCCAUUAACUCCUGCAAGCACGGGCAGCCUCUCGAAAGCCGAACUCUCCGGCUGCACAAGUUAA